GUAGUUCGUCAAUAAGUCAUGCAUGUUGCCUGUAGUGUGGUAACUCGGCCACACCGGGCACUGUUGAGUAAUUCGUUUCAACCGCGGUUUCCACUCGGCGCAAACAGAUCAUUCGCAUUUGACCCACUUUCUGACUUCCACGAACGCAGCUCCUCUCUUUCCUCUUCAGAUCGUCAACGGUAGCUAGCAAGCAAGCUGUUAGAAACCAAGAAAACGGUCCAACCAGAUCCGAGAGAUAAGAAGGGGGGGAAAAUGGACAUGAAAAAGAGAAUUCACCUGGAACUGAGAAAUAGGACGCCGUCGGAUGUUCAGGAGCUUGUCCUGGAUAACUGUCGGUCGAACGAGGGGAAAAUGGAGGGCAUAACGGAGGAGUUUGAAAACCUGGAACUGUUGAGUCUCAUCAACGUCGGCCUCAUCAACGUCUCAAACAUACCCAAACUGGGGAAAUUAAAAAAGUUGGAGCUGAGUGACAACAGGAUAUCUGGUGGUCUGGAGGUGCUGGCUGAGAGGCUGGUCAACCUCACACACCUCAACCUCUCUGGGAACAAGUUCAAGGACAUCAGCACACUGGAACCACUGAAAAAGCUUCCCAUACUGAAGUCCCUGGACUUGUUUAACUGUGAGGUCACCAACCUGGGAGACUACAGAGAGAGCAUCUUCAAGCUCCUCCCACAGCUCACGUACCUGGACGGCUACGAUAUCGAAGACUGCGAAGCCUCCGACUCGGACGGCGAGGGAGACGGGGUCGAGGAUGAAGAUGAUGAAGAAGGGGAGGAGGGAGAGUCUGAAGAGGAGGAGGAUGAAGAGGAGGAUGACGAAGAGGUCGUUGCAGAGGAGGAGGAUGACAGUGGGGAGAGUGGGGAGGAUGGGGAGGUGAACGGAGAUGUUGACGAUGACGACGAUGACGAAGAUGACGAUGACGAAGACGACGACGAAGAGGAUGACUCUCCAGUGAAAGGAGAGAAGAGGAAGAGGGAUCCUGAAGAUGAGGAUGAAGAUGAUUGAGUGUCCCUCCCUCGACCCCCCCCCCCCACCCACAUCCCUCGCUAUCUGAGACCUCCUGACCCCUCAAUAUCUCAGACCCCUCAAUAUCUGUCCUCUUCACCCCUCCGUAUCUCAGAUACCCUUCUUUGGCCUUUAGUUGUCCCCCUUACUGCCGCUAUCACCCGUCUCCCCUUUUCCUCCAAACCCUCCAGCCAACCUAGUGGGCACCCUAUUCCCUAUAUAGUGCACUACUUUUGACCAGAGUCCGUAGCCUUGAAAAAGCCUAUAGGGUCUCAAGUAGUGCACUAUAUAGGGAAUAGGGUGCUAUUUGGUACUCAACCCUACAUGCACCCCUUUGCUUGAGUUGCCCUGUGUUGUGUUGUGGGGGGGGGGGGGAAUAACCUUUUGUCACCGCGCAGCAUUCCGUGACAUCACCGGGCGGGAGGGUCUCUGUCUGAUGUCGUUGUGAUAUUAUCGCCGGCGUUCCGGAUCAGAACGAUGUCACCAGCUGGAGUGGUGGUGGGGAGGGAGGGGGGGUCCGUAAUGAUGUCAUCAACUACUUCAGAGAUUCUGUCUGGGAAACAACCUUGUUGCAACACACGAACAAAACACAACUUUCCCAACGGGGACAACUCAUCAACCUCAGAUGUGUCCCAAAUGAAUCCCUGUUUAGUGCACUGCUUUUGACAAGGGCCCCUUGUUUUGUUUUUUGUUUUGUUUUUUUAAAAUUAAAAUCUCAGUUCUAAAGUAGUGCACUACUUAGGGAAUGGGGUUGCCAUAGGGUCCUGGUCUACAAACGGAAUGGGGUUCCUUGUGAGAUAUUAGCUAGAGUUUUGUUUCUGCCGCCAGAGCUUUUUAAAAUAUAUGUUGUUUUUUUUUCCAGAGGACUUUUUGUUUUGUAUUUUGUCAGUGCUGUCUUGUCUCUCCUCCCUGUGUUUCAGGUUAGGAUUGGACCCUAAUCCUUAGGGUGCACUACAUAGGGAAUGGGGUUGUCACAGGGUCCUGGUCUAAAGUAGUGCACUACUUAGGGAAUAGGGUGUAAUUGGGGACGUACUGUGUACACUGGCUGGAUGUGGCUGUUUUUUUUUAUUUACUUUCUGUAAGCAAAAAUAAAUAAAAAGACAAAACAUACAAAAAUUGACUUUUGUAAAUAAAAUCUUAACAUUUUG